AAAAAAAAAAAAACCAAUGUAGCUAAAAUGUAAUGAAGUGUUAACUAUGGGCAAGAUACUAUGCUGAGCCCGUUUCGUAUAUAGUGCUAUUUAUUGUUUCCAGCAACUGUAGGAAGAAAGUGCAACCCCAUUUUACAGAUGAGGAAAUGAAGGCUUAGCAAAGUUAGUAGCUUAUUUUGGGGCUCAAAGCUAGUGAGCACUGGUGCCAGGAGCCAACAUGGCGCCCUGCCUUGAGAGCCCCUGCCAUCAUUAAUCUCAGGGUACUGUGUAGCCUACCUGUUCAUUCAUUGCCAUCUGAGUCUUGAGGAAGCACCACAUCAGAUGGGCGUAGGUAUGAAAUUUAUUUUCAGAUAUAAUAAUUGUUUCAAGGUAAAACCUUUGGGUCUAUUUUACCUAGAAUCCAUACAUUCAAAGUACAAGUGAUAAAAUCAGCUCAGCAACUCGAGUAUGCACAUGAAUUAAAAAGAAGUCAGUCUGAUGAGAAAUUUCAUCAGAAUAGAGUGCAUAAGUGGAGCUGGAAAUCUGAGUGAUUGAGUGCUUGCCAUUUGGGUAAGUGUAAUGAGUUUGAAAAACUAAUUAAAUUGAUAAAGUAUCUUAGGGCCUUUCAGGACAUAGUUCUAAAAGUUUUAUUUAGUGUUGAAUUUUUAAAAUAUUUUUAAGACAAAAAUAAAAGUACAUUGCAGUCUUUCCCUUCCAUUUCUAAAAUGAACUGUUAAUCUAGGAAGUCCUGUUUGUGUGUUGAUUUGGGGAGUUUGCCCAACAUUGCUGUGUUAAAUACUUAUUAACAUGGUUUAUUACUUUUUUGUUGUUUUUUAGAAAACAUUAAUCAUGAAUGUACUGGGACUUGGGAAGGAUCCUGUGGUUUAUGAGAUAGUUGGCCAAAUCCCACCUCCUCCAACAUAACCUGUCCUUAUUAAAAUACAGUACUCUGAUUUAAUCCCCUGGUCAAGCUAAAUGAUAAUGUGAAACAAAGCUAACCAAUAUCAGGACACCUGAUAGCAAGAAUUCGUGAAAUCAAACGCCAUGGUAGAGCAAGGAAUCCAAUGCUUUGCUUCUUGUCCUUUUCAUACAAAUAAAAUAAAAUAAGCUUCACUGGGCUUGGUGAGUCUUAGAAAUGAGAGGUUUGAGCAUAAGAUUCAUUGUGGAAUGUGUGACAUUACAAAAUCAAGCCAACUAAGCAGUUUGUACUGUUCCCUUAGAGUGCACACGUUCGGGCUCCGGUGCCCCUUGAAAACACUGCAUUUCUGGGAGGGAAAAGUACAAAAUGCAGAUUCCACCAUGCGUGUGGAAGGCAGGGAAGAAAAGGCCCAGACAAGCGUCCUCUUGUUGAGCCUCCUUACUGCAACGAGGCUGACGGAUGGGGUGUUCCAAACCGUCGCUGCAACCAGAUGCAGGGCUGCAGCUUUGCUUACCGCAGCGUGCUGCAGUUGUGUUUAUUUCAGGGACAGACACAAGGGGAAGCAGCAGCCAGAGCACACCCGGGCCGCUUCGCUCACGGGAAACCUUGCUGAGGAGAGAGGAUCCACCGAAGCUGGGAAAAUUCCUCUGGCAGCCUAGGCGGAGGCUGAGCCGAGACUCAGGUUGAGACAGGGGGCAGGGGCAGGGGGCGGCGCUCCUGGCCCAUCCCUCAGCCCCGCGGCGGCCGUGCGGGCCGGAGGCUGCCUGCAUCGCGUCAGGGAGGCCGGCCUAGAAACCCUCCCUCCCAGGAGAAAGCCGAUCCCAGUUCAGGUGGGGUCUUCCUCGGUUCCAUACCUGACUGGAGCCGAGCUGGUGGGCGGCCGGCAGCCGGCGUUGCUGGUGAUGACAGCCCCGAAAUGAAAGCAGCGCGGCCGCCGCCUCCGAGGGCUGCAGGGAGAUCAGCGCCCAGCAAAUAAGAAGCAAGUCCUGGACCCGGAGGAGGAGGAGCGGCCGAGCAUCUCUCUCUCUGCUCGGCGGUGUCCUUUAGAUGAGGACUCCCGGCCGGAGCCGGAGGUGAAUCCGCAGAGCUGCCUCUCGGCGCCUGACCCCGCGCUGACAUCACAACCUGUGACAGGCGCAUCACGCCCGGUACCUGCUCCCGGCAGCUGCCCGUCCUCCCAGCCUCUUUGUAUGCCGCAGACAUGGCCAGCCAGCAGGAUUCGGGCUUCUUUGAGAUCAGUAUCAAAUAUUUACUGAAAUCCUGGAGUAAUACUUCUCCCGUUGGCAACGGUUACAUCAAGCCUCCGGUUCCACCUGCUUCUGGCACGCACAGGGAGAAAGGGCCGCCAACCAUGUUACCCAUCAAUGUGGACCCAGACAGCAAACCAGGAGAAUAUGUCCUCAAAAGUUUAUUUGUCAACUUCACCACUCAGGCCGAACGCAAGAUUCGUAUCAUUAUGGCCGAGCCCCUGGAAAAGCCAUUGACAAAAUCCCUGCAACGUGGAGAAGACCCCCAGUUUGAUCAGGUCAUCAACUCAAUGAGCUCGCUUUCUGAGUACUGCCUGCCUUCCAUUCUACGUACAUUAUUUGACUGGUAUAAAAGGCAAAAUGGCAUUGAGGAUGAAUCGCAUGAAUACAGACCAAGAACAAGCAAUAAAUCAAAAAGUGAUGAACAACAGCGAGAUUAUUUAAUGGAAAGACGGGACCUCGCCAUUGAUUUUAUUUUCUCUUUAGUAUUAAUAGAAGUUUUGAAACAGAUUCCACUUCAUCCUGUAAUAGACAGUUUAAUACAUGAUGUUAUUAACUUGGCUUUCAAGCACUUUAAAUACAAAGAAGGGUACCUUGGUCCCAACACUGGCAAUAUGCAUAUUGUGGCAGACCUGUAUGCAGAAGUCAUUGGAGUGUUGGCACAAGCCAAAUUCCCUGCUGUAAAGAAGAAAUUUAUGGCGGAGCUAAAAGAAUUACGGCACAAAGAGCAGAGCCCAUAUGUGGUUCAAAGCAUUAUCAGCUUAAUAAUGGGGAUGAAAUUCUUUCGAAUUAAGAUGUAUCCAGUGGAGGAUUUUGAGGCCUCUCUUCAGUUUAUGCAGGAAUGUGCACAUUACUUCCUCGAGGUUAAAGACAAAGAUAUCAAGCAUGCCUUGGCUGGACUUUUUGUUGAAAUCCUUGUUCCAGUCGCUGCUGCUGUUAAAAAUGAAGUAAAUGUCCCCUGCCUUAGAAAUUUUGUGGAAAGCCUGUAUGACACCACGCUGGAACUUUCUUCUCGAAAGAAACAUUCCUUGGCCUUGUACCCUCUGGUGACCUGUUUGCUCUGUGUCAGUCAGAAGCAGCUGUUCCUGAACAGGUGGCACAUUUUCCUCAACAACUGCUUGUCCAACCUUAAAAACAAAGACCCCAAGAUGGCUCGAGUUGCACUGGAAUCUCUCUACCGAUUACUUUGGGUUUACAUGAUUCGAAUUAAAUGUGAAAGCAACACAGCUACUCAGAGCCGACUUAUAACCAUCAUCACCACACUUUUCCCCAAAGGGUCCCGUGGUGUGGUGCCAAGGGACAUGCCUCUGAACAUCUUUGUGAAAAUCAUCCAGUUCAUUGCCCAGGAACGUUUAGAUUUUGCAAUGAAAGAAAUCAUUUUCGAUUUUCUUUGUGUGGGAAAACCAGCAAAAGCAUUCAGUCUCAACCCAGAGAGAAUGAACAUUGGUUUACGGGCAUUCUUGGUCAUAGCUGAUAGCUUGCAGCAGAAAGACGGGGAACCUCCCAUGCCAGUUACAGGAGCCGUUCUUCCUUCAGGAAACACAUUGAGAGUAAAGAAAACAUAUUUGAGUAAAACGCUAACUGAAGAGGAAGCCAAAAUGAUAGGAAUGUCCUUAUAUUACUCUCAAGUACGAAAAGCUGUAGACAACAUUUUAAGGCACCUUGAUAAAGAAGUAGGAAGGUGUAUGAUGCUGACUAACGUACAGAUGUUAAACAAAGAACCAGAAGACAUGAUCACGGGUGAGAGAAAGCCAAAAAUAGAUCUUUUCAGGACCUGUGUUGCUGCUAUUCCUCGACUGCUUCCUGAUGGGAUGUCAAAACUUGAACUUAUUGACUUGCUGGCUAGCCAGCUCAUAACAGCCAAGUGUGAGAACCUUUCCAUGUGGCUCCAUGGAAGCUUCACAGGCCCUCCUGACAUCGUGGGUUUACUUGUUGACUUCUCAGAUUGGAGGAGGAAGGAUGUCCCGUAUUGGGCUUUUAGCCACUUCCUUGCUCGGGAAAGUAAAUUGAUAUGCAAUCAGCACCCCUCCUUGAUUCGUCCCCUGAAGUUGCUGGCUGCAGGCUGCUCACCCCAGUGGAAACUAGUCAUACAGACACAAGGAAAAGUCUCAUGAACAAGCCAAACAAAAUCAGAAAUUCGGGCAGGUGAGCUCAUUGCAAAUGGCUCCAGUCACAGAAUUCAGUCGGAACGAGGUCCCCACUGCAGUGUACUCCACGCUGUAGAAGGUUUUGCUCUGGUUUUACUCUGCAGUUUCCAGGUGGCCACACGCAAACUGUCCGUUUUAAUACUCAAGGAAAUUCGAGCGUUAUUUGUUGCCCUGGGACAGCCUGAGGAUGACGACAGGCCGAUGAUUGAUGUCAUGGAUCAGCUAAGUUCUUCCAUUCUAGAAAGUUUUAUUCAUGUAGCAGUUUCGGAUUCAGCAACGUUACCACUCACCCACAAUGUGGAUCUGCAGUGGCUGGUGGAAUGGAACGCAGUCCUGGUCAAUAGCCAUUAUGAUGUGAAAAGCCCUUCCCAUGUCUGGAUAUUCGCACAGUCUGUCAAAGACCCAUGGGUCCUCUGCCUCUUCAGCUUCCUCCGGCAGGAGAACUUACCCAAGCACUGCCCCACAGCCCUCAGCUAUGCCUGGCCUUAUGCCUUCACUCGUCUCCAGUCGGUGAUGCCUCUGGUGGACCCAAAUAGCCCAAUUAAUGCCAAGAAAACCAGCACUGCCGGCAGCGGAGACAACUAUGUCACUUUGUGGAGAAACUACCUAAUUCUUUGUUUUGGAGUUGCAAAACCCAGUAUUAUGAGCCCAGGACACUUAAGAGCUUCCACUCCAGAAAUAAUGGCGACCACACCUGAUGGUACAGUGAGCUACGAUAACAAGGCCAUAGGCACCCCAUCGGUGGGAGUUCUGUUAAAGCAGUUGGUGCCUUUGAUGAGACUAGAGAGCAUUGAGAUCACAGAGUCCUUAGUUUUAGGAUUUGGAAGAACAAAUUCCCUUGUUUUCAGAGAACUGGUAGAAGAACUUCAUCCAUUAAUGAAAGAAGCUCUGGAAAGAAGACCAGAGAACAAGAAACGCCGAGAACGGCGAGACUUGUUAAGGCUACAGCUACUUCGAAUUUUCGAACUUCUGGCUGAUGCUGGUGUAAUAAGUGACAGCACAAAUGGAGCCUUAGAGCGGGAUACUUUAGCCCUGGGAGCUUUGUUCUUAGAAUACGUGGACUUGACCCGCAUGCUCCUAGAAGCUGAAAAUGACAAAGAAGUUGAAAUUCUUAAAGAUAUCCGGGCGCAUUUUAGUGCAAUGGUCGCCAACUUGAUUCAGUGUGUUCCAGUUCACCACCGAAGAUUUCUCUUCCCCCAGCAAAGCCUGAGGCACCAUCUUUUCAUCUUAUUCAGCCAGUGGGCAGGACCCUUCAGCAUUAUGUUCACUCCUCUGGAUCGUUACAGUGAUAGAAAUCAUCAGAUUACAAGAUAUCAGUAUUGUGCAUUAAAAGCAAUGUCAGCAGUACUGUGCUGUGGCCCUGUCUUCGACAAUGUGGGCCUUUCCCCGGAUGGCUACCUAUAUAAAUGGCUUGACAACAUUCUGGCUUGUCAAGAUUUACGAGUUCAUCAACUUGGCUGCGAAGUUGUUGUCUUGCUACUGGAACUUAAUCCUGACCAAAUAAAUCUUUUUAAUUGGGCAAUUGACCGAUGCUACACAGGUUCCUACCAACUUGCAUCUGGCUGCUUCAAAGCCAUAGCAACUGUAUGUGGAAGCAGGAACUAUCCCUUCGACAUAGUGACAUUGUUAAACCUUGUUCUAUUCAAGGCCUCUGACACCAACAGAGAGAUUUAUGAAAUCUCCAUGCAACUCAUGCAGAUCCUUGAAGCAAAGCUUUUUGUAUACUCGAAGAAAGUCGCUGAGCAAAGACCAGGAAGUAUUCUCUAUGGAACACAUGGCCCGCUGCCCCCCCUCUACAGCGUGUCGCUCACCCUCUUGUCCUGUGAGCUGGCCAGGAUGUACCCUGAGCUCACACUCCCCCUCUUCUCAGAGGUAAGCCAGCGAUUCCCCACAACGCACCCCAACGGGCGCCAGAUCAUGCUCACCUACCUGCUGCCCUGGCUGCACAACAUCGAGCUGGUGGACAGUAGGCUCCUCCUCCCAGGGUCGAGCCCCAGCAGCCCAGAGGACGAAGUCAAGGACCGGGAAGGCGAUGUCACUGCUUCUCACGGGCUGAGAGGAAAUGGCUGGGGCUCUCCAGAAGCCACGUCACUGGUCCUGAACAACCUCAUGUACAUGACGGCCAAGUAUGGAGAUGAAGUUCCUGGGCCAGAAAUGGAAAAUGCUUGGAAUGCUUUAGCCAACAAUGAGAAAUGGAGCAACAACCUGAGGAUCACCUUGCAGUUCCUGAUUAGCCUCUGUGGGGUCAGCAGUGACACAGUUCUCCUACCCUAUAUUAAAAAAGUGGCAAUAUACUUGUGCCGUAACAACACCAUUCAAACCAUGGAAGAGCUUCUCUUUGAGCUGCAGCAGACAGAGCCCGUGAACCCCAUCGUCCAGCACUGCGACAACCCGCCCUUCUACCGCUUCACGGCCAGCAGCAAGGCCUCCGCAGCAGCCUCAGGAACCACUUCUAGCAGCAACACAGUGGUUGCUGGCCAGGACAAUUUCCCAGAUGCUGAGGAGAACAAGAUAUUGAAAGAAUCUGAUGAAAGGUUUAGUAAUGUCAUCAGAGCCCACACUCGCCUCGAGUCAAGAUACAGCAAUAGCUCUGGAGGAUCCUACGAUGAGGAUAAGAAUGAUCCAAUUUCUCCCUACACGGGCUGGUUGCUGACUAUUACAGAGACCAAGCAGCCGCAGCCCUUACCGAUGCCUUGUACAGGAGGAUGCUGGGCCCCCCUGGUUGACUAUCUCCCGGAGACCAUCACUCCCCGGGGGCCACUCCAUAGGUGCAAUAUUGCUGUAAUUUUUAUGACUGAGAUGGUGGUAGAUCACAGUGUACGAGAAGAUUGGGCGCUUCAUCUACCAUUAUUACUUCAUGCUGUUUUCUUAGGUUUAGACCACUACCGGCCUGAAGUCUUUGAACACAGCAAAAAACUGCUUCUUCACCUCUUGAUUGCCCUCUCUUGCAACAGCAAUUUCCAUUCCAUUGCUUCUGUGCUCCUGCAGACCCGAGAGAUGGGUGAAGCUAAGACUCUAACUGUGCAGCCAGCUUACCAACCUGAAUAUCUCUAUACAGGUGGCUUUGACUUCCUGAGAGAGGACCAGUCAUCCCCAGUGCCCGACUCAGGGCUCAGCUCCAGCUCCACCUCCUCCAGCAUCAGUCUGGGAGGCAGCAGUGGAAACCUCCCACAGAUGACCCAGGAGGUAGAAGACGUGGACACAGCUGCUGAAACAGAUGAGAAGGCAAACAAGCUCAUUGAGUUUCUGACGACCAGGGCAUUUGGUCCACUUUGGUGCCAUGAAGACAUCACACCUAAAAAUCAAAAUUCAAAGAGUGCUGAACAGCUCACUAAUUUUCUACGUCACGUUGUAUCUGUAUUUAAAGAUUCCAAAUCAGGCUUCCAUCUGGAGCACCAGUUGAGUGAAGUUGCAUUGCAGACAGCCCUCGCAAGCUCUUCAAGGCACUAUGCUGGUCGGUCCUUCCAGAUAUUCCGGGCCCUCAAGCAACCUCUAUCAGCACAUGCCUUAUCUGACCUUCUCUCAAGAUUGGUGGAGGUGAUUGGAGAACACGGAGAUGAGAUUCAGGGUUAUGUAAUGGAAGCGCUCCUUACCUUGGAGGCGGCCGUGGAUAACUUGUCUGACUGCUUGAAGAACAGUGACCUCCUAACUGUAUUGUCCCGUUCUUCCUCACCAGAUUUAAGCUCCAGCAGUAAACUAACAGCAAGCAGAAAGAGCACAGGACAACUAAAUGUGAACCCUGGAACCACCAGCGGCAACACUGCGACUGCAGAACGGAGCCGGCAUCAACGAAGCUUCUCUGUGCCCAAAAAGUUUGGUGUCAUUGACCGAUCCUCUGACCCACCUCGAAGUGCCACACUGGACAGAAUUCAGGCUUGCACCCAACAAGGCCUUUCCUCAAAAACCAGAAGCUCAUCCUCCUUGAAGGACAGUCUCACGGACCCAUCCCACAUAAACCAUCCCACCAACCUGCUGGCCACCAUCUUCUGGGUCACAGUGGCCUUGAUGGAGUCUGAUUUUGAGUUUGAAUACUUAAUGGCCUUAAGGCUGUUGAGCAGACUACUGGCACAUAUGCCACUCGAUAAGGCUGAGAACCGAGAAAAGCUUGAGAAACUCCAGGCACAGCUCAAGUGGGCCGACUUCUCCGGGCUGCAGCAGCUGCUGCUGAAAGGAUUCACAUCCCUCACCACCACAGACCUGACCCUGCAGCUCUUCAGUCUGCUGACACCAGUGUCCAAAAUAUCCAUGGUGGAUGCAUCCCAUGCUAUUGGGUUUCCACUGAAUGUCUUGUGUCUCCUGCCCCAGCUGAUUCAGCAUUUUGAAAAUCCCAAUCAGUUCUGUAAGGAUGUAGCCGAAAGGAUUGCUCAGGUUUGUUUAGAAGAGAAGAACCCCAAACUUUCAAAUCUUGCACAUGUCAUGACUCUUUAUAAAACGCACAGCUACACAAGGGACUGCGCCACGUGGGUCAAUGUGGUCUGUCGAUACCUUCAUGAAGCAUAUGCUGACAUUACCUUGAAUAUGGUUACCUACCUGGCAGAGCUGCUGGAGAAGGGCCUCCCUAGCGUGCAGCAGCCCCUGCUCCAGGUGAUCUACAGUCUGCUCAGCUACAUGGACCUUUCUGUUGUUCCUGUCAAACAGUUCAACGUGGAAGUUCUAAAGACAAUUGAAAAAUAUGUGCAAAGUGUUCACUGGAGAGAAGCUCUGAAUAUCUUGAAGCUCGUAGUUUCUCGGUCAGCCAGCCUUGUUUUACCUUCAUACCAGCACAGUGACCUCUCAAAAAUAGAAAUACAUCGAGUGUGGACUAGUGCUUCCAAGGAAUUACCUGGGAAAACCCUGGACUUCCACUUCGAUAUUUCGGAGACUCCAAUCAUCGGGAGGCGGUAUGAUGAGCUCCAGAAUUCUUCUGGGCGUGAUGGGAAGCCCAGGGCCGUGGCCGUCACCCGGAGCACAUCUUCCACUUCCUCAGGCUCCAACUCCAACGUCCUUGUUCCUGUGAGCUGGAAAAGGCCCCAGUAUUCUCAGAAGAGAACAAAAGAGAAGUUGGUGCAUGUCCUUUCUCUGUGUGGCCAAGAAGUAGGAUUGAGCAAAAAUCCAUCAGUGAUUUUUUCAUCGUGUGGAGAUCUGGAUCUGCUUGAGCACCAGACAAGCUUGGUGUCUUCUGAGGACGGUGCCCGGGAGCAGGAGAACAUGGAUGACACAAACAGCGAGCAGCAGUUCAGAGUCUUCAGAGACUUCGACUUCCUAGAUGUGGAGCUGGAGGAUGGAGAGGGUGAGAGUAUGGACAAUUUCAACUGGGGAGUGCGCAGACGUUCUCUGGACAGCCUGGACAAGUGUGAUAUGCAGAUUCUGGAGGAGCGCCAACUGUCAGGAAGCACUCCCAGCCUGAAUAAAAUGAACCAUGAGGACUCCGAUGAGUCAUCUGAGGAGGAGGACCUCACAGCCAGCCAGAUCCUGGAGCACUCAGACCUAAUCAUGACUCUCUCCCCCUCUGAAGAGACAAAUCCCAUGGAGCUGCUCACCACAGCCUGUGACUCAACCCCUGCAGACCCUCAUUCCUUUAACACCAGAAUGUCCAGCUUUGAUGCUUCCUUGCCUGAUAUGAAUAAUCUGCAGAUUUCUGAGGGUUCAAAGGGUGAAGCUGUUCGUGAGGAGGAGGACACCACUGUGCAUGAGGAUGAUCUUUCUAGUUCUAUCAAUGAACUUCCAGCAGCUUUUGAAUGCAGCGACAGCUUUAGCCUGGACAUGACUGAGGGGGAAGAAAAAGGCAAUCGGGCGCUGGACCAGUUUACCCUGGCGAGCUUUGGAGAAGGUGACAGGGGAGUCUCUCCCCCUCCCUCGCCCUUCUUCUCAGCCAUCCUUGCCGCCUUUCAGCCCACAGCCUGCGACGAUGCCGAGGAGGCCUGGCGCAGCCACAUCAACCAGCUUAUGUGCGACUCAGACGGCUCCUGUGCUGUGUAUACAUUUCAUGUGUUCUCCUCCUUGUUUAAGAAUAUUCAGAAAAGGUUCUGCUUCCUAACCUGUGAUGCAGCCAGUUACCUUGGAGAUAACCUCCGGGGAAUCGGAUCCAAAUUUGUCAGCUCUUCCCAGAUGCUCACCUCCUGCUCUGAGUGCCCUACACUUUUUGUGGAUGCCGAGACUCUCCUUUCAUGUGGACUUCUGGACAAGCUCAAGUUCAGUGUGUUAGAACUGCAAGAAUAUUUGGAUACCUACAACAACAGGAAAGAGGCCACACUCUCAUGGCUUGCAAAUUGCAAGGCAACAUUUGCAGGAGGAUCAAGAGAUGGAGUAAUUACCUGUCAGCCAGGGGACUCCGAAGAAAAGCAAUUGGAACUGUGUCAGAGAUUGUAUAAGCUACACUUCCAGCUGCUAUUGCUUUUUCAGUCCUACUGUAAGCUCAUCGGCCAGGUGCACGAAGUUAGCUCCAUGCCAGAGCUGCUGAAUAUGUCCAGGGAACUGAGUGACCUAAAGAAACACCUGAAGGAAGCCAGUGCAGUCAUUGCAGCUGACCCUCUCUAUUCAGAGGGUGCGUGGUCUGAGCCGACCUUCACGUCCACUGAAGCAGCCAUCCAGUCCAUGCUGGAGUGCCUGAAGAACAACGAACUCGGCAAAGCUUUGCGGCAGAUCAGGGAGUGCAGAAGUCUGUGGCCCAAUGACAUCUUUGGAAGCAGUUCUGAUGAUGAGGUCCAGACACUACUGAAUAUUUAUUUCCGUCACCAAACUCUGGGACAGACGGGUACUUAUGCCCUGGUGGGGUCUAACCAGAGCCUGACCGAGAUCUGCACCAAGCUGAUGGAGCUGAACAUGGAGAUCCGGGACAUGAUCCGCAGGGCCCAGAGUUACCGAGUCCUCACUACUUUUCUUCCAGACUCCAGUGUUUCUGGCACUAGUCUCUGACAGGAGCCUCCUGUCCCCGCUGGGUUCCAAACUGGCAGUGCUGCCAUGCUGGGGCGACGUCAUUCAGUGUCUUCUCGGCCUUCAAAAGGCUUGGACAGACUGUUCUCCCUCUUGUUACCUGUAGGGCUUUUUCUAAAGAGGAUGACAGAACUUCCAAUGUGUAGCAAUACUAUAAGAACCAAGGUAGCUUAGAACGUCCUGGACAGACUCCACCCGUCACGCUGUGUGGCACAAAUGUGUUACGUUUGACCGAGCAUAUGCAACUCACUACUGAAGAGGUGACUUCCGUUGCAUACCAAAGCCAACUACACUGAACAGUACCUUCCUUUCUAGAAACGAUUUUAGAUUGGCAAAAGUGCAAUGUUUUCUUCACUCAAAAAAUUUUAUAUUCUCAAACAUGUACAUUCUUUCCCUUUCUUGUUCCGUUUUCUUUUCUUUUUUCUUUUUCCUUUCUUUGGUGGGCUGAGAAAGGGGCAGGCAACAUGAAGCUGGCCACUGAAAACUGUAAGACGGUCAAACGCUGACAGCCUGUGUAUGUGAAAAGGGAAUUGUAAAUGGACUGCAAUGUAAUGUACACUGUAAUUUGAAUACAAUUACUGUAUCUAAAAGGAGCUGCUAUGAACUACCUUUCUUAUGUUGUUAGGCUACUGUUUCUGAAAGCCCUGGAUCUCUUUGCACCAAAAAUGGUCCAGAUAGACUCUUUUUAAGGAUCUUGGCUGCUUUUUACUAGAAGGUUGCUUUUAUGAGCAUAUUUAUACUGCUGAAGGAUGAGUGUUAAUUUUAAUUAACUUUGCCAUUUUGUAGAGAAAACUAUUCACAAUAUAAAUUCCACGUCUUUUCACCUGUCAGGCAUGCAUAUUUUAAUAUCUGUUUGGAUAGCCAGAAGUAGAAUCAUAAAGGCAAAAUAUGAGUUGUUUCUUUGUUUCUUAAAUGUCAUAUAUUAUGUGUAAUAUAUAUGUAAAGGGCCAUUCUUAAGUUCUCUCCUUAAACUUAAUGCUGUCAAGUGUUAGAUGUGUGCAUGUGAACUUGUUGCACAGCAGAAACAUAUUCAGAGUUUAUCUAUGUAACUUAUUCACUCUGUAAAUACAUUUAAAGUUUUUGUGAUGUAAGCUUAAUUGAUACUCUGUUCAGAACUUUCUUUAGACUAAAAAAAAAAAAAAAGAAGAGCAAAAUACAUGUUGACCAUGGACUUUAUUUCUGGUAAAUGAAAAUGUUUGUCCUGGGCACACAUGAAGUUCUGCAUGUGGGUUGCCAAAGUAAUAACCCCAAGGGGCACCCCUCACCUAUAUGCUCUGAAUGGCACCCAUGGGGGUCAUGUCAUGCAUGGCCCUGUGAAGCUGGAGGUAAGUAUAAUCUCUUUGGAAGUUGGCGUCAAAACUGUGAGCUUCGACCAAUUCUGUGUAAUCAACCAAAGAGAAAAAUCAGAAAAAAGUGAGAGCUCUAAUUCUCUAUAACCUAUAAUUAGAUUGUCAUCCUUCAAAUUUGGAAAUUGAUUCUAUAGUGAGCAGGAGAAAGUAGUAGAGUUUUAAUUCUGUUACCAACACCUAUCCGCUACCUACCCCACUAAGAAAACAGCAACACAGGGAGAAAUAUGUAACAAUCUCAAUUUUGCUGUCUUCCUACUCGUAUUUCACAUGGACCAACAAAUAUAAGUUGCUUUACUAGCAUAUGGCUACUGAAUCAUUGGCAGUAAUAUUCUAGGAGUAUCCUGCAGAAGAGAGCCUAACCUAGGAUUUUUUUAAUGUUACCACAGAUACAACUACUAGAUUUUAAUAAUGUUCUGGACUGCUGACAACAUAUUUUUCUGAUGAUUUAUUUUUUCAACUUGCCUGAAAGAUGAUUUGCUAUGAUUUGUAGAAAACAACUGAAUCACGAUCUCUCUGAAAAAUACCUCAUAAAAUAAAGGUUUCUGUGGGUAACCACAGUACACAACUUUCAGAGAGUUUUGUUGGAAGCCACAGUAGAAAGAACAGAUUCAUCAUGAAUUGAAUUUUCUACCAUGCCUUCUUACCCAGCAGAGAACCACUGCAAUGUUUUACUCUUAAGAAAGAAAGAAAAAAAAGAUUUCAACAGUUCAUUGCAAUCUAAGAUAUUAACAUAGGAAGCAGUGGUUUGUGUUCUUCUCAAUUUUAUUUUUAAAAGGAGAUGUAUUAAUGUGAAAGAUUUCUUCUACUUUUCCUCUAUCUCUUCACCUCCUCUACUUUAAGUGGAGAUGGGAAAAAUUGUGUAGGAUGCAGCCCCACUCCAGCAGAGCCCAGCAAUAACUUAAGAUCUAACAGUCAAAUCAUGUUGGCUAUUGCUCUGUGCCUGUUACUGAAGCAUUAAUGUUAAUUGCCUUCCCCAGGGAUACAAAGAAGUAGAGGUACCAAAGGAAAGGGUAGAUAUUUAACAGAUGCCUCAGUGGUAAGAAAGAUGCCUCCUUGUGUCUCACUGUUUUCUAGCACUGAAACAUGAUACACUUUGUAUCCACCUGCAGAAUAAAGCAUUCUAGACAGGUGCUCUGUAACUUAGACACCACUUGAUUAAAAUUAUAGUCUCCAAAUAUAGUGUUUUAGAAAAGGCACUGCACAUUUUUAGAGGCACGUGAAUGUCAUUCCCACCUCUAACCCAUCUAACAUUGGUGAGAUGUUAAGAAAAUGUGCUGGCGUUGCUGUGAAAUCAAGAUGCCUGUAAUUGUAGGCAUCACACACAUGCAUGAACAUCCAGAGGGAGGUCUCAAGGCUCUUCUGGUUCCAAGUCCUAACAAACAAUGAUCUUUUCAGUGAACUGUAGAAUUCUGGAAAGAAUAAGGGUGCCUCCAGGCUGCUUACAUCAAUAACUUACACGUGCUUCCCGAUGCCUGCCUUAACAACAAGAAAAUUAGUGUCCACGGGUAUUAGAGUGUGUUCAUUGUAUCUCAAUGAAACUAGUUUUUAAAGUUUUCAGUACAUUUGUUUUAGAUCAAUUAAUAUUUGAAUACCUAUCAUGACCCCGGAUAUUUCUUUGUUCAGUAGAUAUUUAUUGCGUACCCACUCUGGGCUAGGCACUGUUUUAGAGGAUACCGCAGCUAUCAAAACAGAUGUGGUCCGUGUUCCCAUGAGGCUCCUACAUUUGAGUGGAGGAAGAUGUGCUUGUCUAUGUUGGGUAAUGAUUAGUGCCAUGAAGAACAAAAUAGGGAUACAGUGAGUAAUGCGGACGGGGCUAUCUUAGCUAUCACUCUAAUAGGGUGAUGUCUGAGGAGAGAUCUGAAUGAAGUGGGGGAUACAAUGGAUAUCCAGGGAGAAGAGCAUUCCAGCAAAGGGAAAAACACACGCAGAGACCCUGAAGGAGGAGCAGGAUCACUUUGUCGAAGGGACAGCAAGGAAGCCAAUGACUGGGUGAAAUGAGUGAAGAGGGCGUUCAGAGAGGACAGCCAAAAGCUCUGUGGGCCACAGCAGGACUUUGUCCCUUGCUGAGCAAGAUGGGAAGCCAGUGAAUGUUUGCGGGCAGGGUAGUGACAUGCUGUGACUUAUGUUUAAAAGGAUUACUCCAUUUGGGAUGAUGAAGAAAAGCUCUAUAGCAAAAGUUCUGUUGUGGUGGUUAUACAGCAUUGUGAGUGUACUUAAUGCCAAUGAAUUGUGUACUUUAAAAUGGCAAAUUUUUUGUUAUAUAUGUUUUGCCACGAUAAAAAUAAUUUUUUAAAGGA